GUUUACCCAUAGUCAGCUUGAUAACGUCUGCUGACUACUUCCUGUUCCCUAAGGUUGUAUUCUGCGCGUUAGAUAAUUAAGAUAACCUUCGACCUGAAAGACUUGUUUUUAUUCUUUUUAAACUCUUGAAAGACACUGGUGUUUGUUAAGUAUACAGUGGAUUAAGUAAGAAAGGAAAAGACAUCUACUAUAACUAUGGUCUAAUCCUAGAUUACAUCAAACUGCUUGGGUGGCUGCCUGGUCGCUUUGUAUGCACGUCUGACUGUCAUCACGAAGGCCCACGAGUUCGAAGCCGUCCCGCUGCCUUCUCAUCCCUUUCUGCGGGAUGUCUGGGCUAGAAUGUAGCCUAAUAAUCCUCAUUUCUGAAGAAAGCUCCGAAACUUGCAGACAUAUACAUGGAUUCGGAUCUACAAAUUGAAAACAUUGGUCAACAAAACACAAUUUCGAGUGUAUUUCCACGAAAGAGCAACGGAAAAACUAAUGAAGACUCUCCAAGAAAUAUGAAGCCACAAAGCGAUGCAGAAUUAUUUGACAGUUAUCAGCUUUUCGGGAACCAUGAAACUCAAAUGUCAGAAGGUGGAGAGGCUGACCUACAUAGAUGCCUAAUUGAUUGCACCAAGCAUCCAGGCCACUCCCAGUUUAUACCUGUUGGUGAUUUCAGUUUAAACCAUUUACCCGAAGGCCAUAGAGAUGUGGAGUUGUACAGGCUAGUCAAAGCUCUCGCUGAUCUGACAGUCCGUGUGGACGUCAGGAUGACCAGCCCUCGCAGGCCUGAAUAUUGGCCCAACACUGAGGCUCUAUACCCUUUCUACAGCAUGAGAAACAGCUUGAACUUGAGGACCGGAACUGGAAUCGUCAGUGACGUCAACAAGUUCACAGACGGUUACAGUGACCGCCUGUACGGUGGUCAGCACGACCUGGACUACGUCCGCUGCUGGUGUGAAAAAUGUCAGGGGUCAGACUCUCCCAGCGACGUCUGGUGGGAGAUCGUGGUCUACACGGCCACACACGUGGUCUACGAUGACAUCGAGGGCGGCUACACCUCCCUGAGGCUGUUUUACGAUAAAGAGCGCAGUCCCGUCGUCACGAUAGACAAAGUCAGUGUGGAAGAUGCAGACGUGAGGAGGGACUGGUGCAAACUGAAGUACGUCACGUGUGACAGAAACAUCGGCGACAAGCUGAAAAAAAUGUUUAUACACUGUCACGACAUCCGCAAAAAGGUCUACGAUAAAUAUCGCAGUUUUAGAGACGUGGACAAAUUGACCUUCAUAGUGUCCCACCCUCACGGCUGCUCUAAGCAAAUCAGUAUUGGUCAGUGGAGGGACAGGCUUCUGGUAGGGGAAAGAUACAGUAAGUUUACUUAUACCACAUGUACCUGUCCAGGAAGCAGCGGGGCUUCUGUUUACUGUGUGGGCUUCACGUCAUUCAUAGGCUACAGCUGUGGCUGGUUAUACCAGCUUGUCCACAGCGGAAGUUUAAAUUCGGAACUAAAUUUCAGUGGUGCGAGUUACGUGGAAUGAGUGGUGUCCCCUUUUCUACGUUAAAAAAUUGUGUGCAAUGAACUGUCAUCAAAAAGAAGACUGCGGAUAGAUUGAGGUAAUUAAAAUAUGAAUAAGAAAAAAAAAAAGAGUGAACUAAUUAAAUCUGUAAUUGUAGUUUUAUUUCACGGAUGCCUAAAAUUCCAGUGCCUAAAUUUCCAGACACCAAGGGACAGUACUGGUAAAAACGUUACAUGCAAAUAUGGCCCGUGAUCUUGUGAUCGAAAGACUUCGCGGACCAUAGACAGGAGUUUUGAAGGCAGUUCAGUACAGCGAAGAGACCGAGGACUGUCCAUGAAGUCAGUCCGGGUAUAGUAAGUCCCCGAGCGCAGUACGAGUCCAGGAUGAGAUAGUAGAGUUGAGUACGUCAUUACGAUGAUGUUCAGCAAAGUAUUUGUAAUCUGUACAUCGUGUUGCCAAAGGGUGUAGUAUUGACUGUUGAUGUAUUUAGUGAUUAAACUACCAUACUAUUUUU